AGCGCGGCGUGGCCCCGCUCCGGCAGGGCCAGCGCAUCUGAGCGCCUCAAGCCUAGCAGGGGUUUCCUGAGAGCCCCAGCAAGCGACCGGCUCGCUCCAAGCAUCCCUUGAUUUUGCUCCACAAUUUGUUUCUGUGUCUUUUCUUUUGCCCUGCGCCAGCCUGUUCGGAGUUUCUUCUCAAGUUGGCUGAAUCUCAAGGCGCUGCGUUGUCAGUGAGCCGGGCAGCGCCGGGCGCUUGCGUUGGUGUAGGCAGUGUUUGCGAGGCUGUUUCUGGUGAUGCUGCAGACCGGGGGUGGCCAACCUGCGCGAGAGAGCCAUGCGUGGUGCCGGCAGCUCAUCGGUGUGGCGCACGGCAGAUCAGGAAGACAACUGAAACAUGAAUUCUCCAGUGCUGUGAUUCUUAGCACUGAUGACUUUUUCACCGAAGAUGGCAUCUACCAGUUUGAUCACAGAUUGCUAGAGGAAGCACAUACAUGGAACCAAAAGAGAGCACGCAAAGCAAUGGAGAAUCGGAGAUCCCCAGUUAUUAUUGAUAAUACCAACAUCCGUGCUUGGGAAAUGAAGCCAUAUGUGAUCAUGGCACUUGAGAAUGGCUAUGAAGUUACAUUCCGAGAACCAGAAACACAAUGGAAAUUCGAUGUUCAGAAGCUGGCAAGAAGAAAUACUCAUCAGGUCCCAAGAGAAAAAAUACAGCGGAUGAAAGAACAGUACGAGCAUGGUGUUACCGUCGAAACUGUGCUUCAGUCUGAACAACCCAGGAGAGAUGUUGGAAAUUCUAGUGGACCAAAUGCAGCUCUCAGCGCUGGGGCUUACUCCAAUUCACAUCCAGCAUUUUCAAACAGAAGAGCAUAUGACACACAUACAAGUCAAAGAUCAUAUAACAGGAGAGGUGGAUUCCACAAUGUAUUUUAGUAUUUCACCAAUGUAUGAAAGACCAUUUUGCAGUUUUCUAAGCCAUUUUUACUGAGUUUUUUGGGCUUUUUGGUUUACUAAAUCUUUAAAUCAGGUAUCAAUGCUUUUAAAUUUACAUACUGUAACGCAAGAGCAUUCAGUUAUGGAAUCUAAGACUACUAAGCCUACUGUAAACUCUUCCCUUUCCCGCUAAACCCGUGUUCAUUAAUUUCUCUCGUUUUGUCAUGUCAUAGCUGUAGACUGUGAAUUCUCCAGGGCAGAUUUGGUGUCCGUAACCUGCCAUAUUACUUGUAUUGCAACUUGUCUCCCAGACCCACUCUCUCUCCUUUUUCCCUUGUGUCCAGUCUCUCACUAAACCAGCCUCUUCUUUGUCUCCAAUACUUUCCAGUUCCAACCUUUCUUCAAAGUUCUUGGGACCAAACCGUUGUUCAGGCUGUGGUCAUUUCUAGUCUCCCCACUUUCUUAUGCCUGGUCUCCUGGCUUCACCAUUCUUCUCUUUCCAGCUUUCCCAAACCUUAGCUAACAAUGUACAGUGCUCUUUGAAUCCCUCUAUUGGUUUCCUGUCUUACUGCUGUAAAAAGGCUCAACAUAACCAUCUGCCCACCCAUGUCUUUUGUUACCUUGAUUCAGGCUUUUCUUACUCUUCAUUUUACUUUACACUGUGGCUCCUCCAUAAAGACAGAUAUUGUCUGGGUGUAUCUGCCAAGUGCUACCUCUCCUCCUUCAGAUCCCAUUAAGUCUCUCCUCCCUUUUCUCAUUAAUAGUCACCACCUCACUCCUUUUCCUGAACUGAUAAUCUGUAUAUCUUGCCUUAUACUAUAAAGUUUUAAGAAUAGGGGCGUCUUUGUUUUAAAAUGUAGUAUACAUUGUAUGUGAUAGCACUAAUUUUUUAUUAAUAGUAGAAAUAGAAAAAAUGUACACAGUGGAGACCAUCACAAGCCAUGAGAACUUGAGCGAUGCAUUGAAGACAAUUAAAUGAGGCACUUUGUCUUUCAACCUAAAUGCUGACAGGGCAGAGCUUUAUUGUGUGCAAUGUAUGCACUUGGUGUGAAACAUCUGUUGGGUAUAUAUUUACCCAUGUGUCUUUGGAUACAGAGAGACUGGUGUGGCUAACAACAUCUGAUCUUUUUGUCUAUUGUCCCAGGCAAGAACAGGCCAGAAUGUUUCUUAAUCAACUGCUCCAUCUUGCUGAACCAUAACUCACCCACAUUGUGUGUCAAAUGAGCAUUAAGCUUGGUCGAACUUUCCAUAUCAUGCGCACUCCUAUGAAACUGUGCUUGCAGAACAAGGCACAAAGUGAAAAUAAAAACAUCAUGAUGGAAAGCAGACCGGUUACAGCCUACGCCAAAUCUCGAAGAUGCUAGACGAGAGGUUUUGGGUGCCGCUACUGAUCCGAUUUCUAGUAUAUUGUGGAGAGUGGUAAGUCCUUUGCUGUGAAAGGGGAGGGGGAAGAGAAGGGGGGGCAAAUCAACUCCUCCUCCUCCACAGUGAGGGAGGGGGCAGGGGCGCAGGCAUGGUUCAUCGGAGGUGUGAGGGGGGUGGAUUCUGCUGCUGGCUUACACCCCAGGAGGGCAAGGGGGCGUGUGCCCCUGGAUCUGUCCGGAGUGAGAUGGGCUGCAGCUGCAGGCUGUUCUGGGCUCUUCUUGCCAGAGGCUGUGCUCAGAAGAGGGACUGCAGCCACCCCAAAUCUUGCCAUAGCUACCUCCCAGUGCUGCUGCCACACAUUCAACGCAGCCCUGGCUCAACCCACACCUCCCCCCACGUGGGGCGCAGGAUGGGGGUACAGCUCCCUACCAGCGCUGCCACUUCCACAUGCCUGGCACAGUCCCGACUCUUCCCCUGCCUCCUUCCACACACCGGAAAGAGCCAGGGCUGCGCCAGGCGUGCAGAGGCAGCGGUAGAGGGAGCUGCCCCCACACCCCGAUGAGCCAUGCCUCUGUCCCAUGCCCCACAUGGGGGGAGGCAGGGGUUGAGUCGGGAAGAGCCAGGGCAGUGCCAAGUGCAUGGUGGCGUGGGGAGGGAGUUGCCCCCGCUCUCCCUUGAGCCACAUCUCUGUCCCACGCCCUGUGGGGGGGUUGAGCCAGGAAGAGCCGGGGCUGUGCUAAAAUACACCAUGGUGGCAGCACUGGGAGGGAGCUACAGCAAAAUUUGGGGUGGCUUCAGCCCCCUCUAUAGUACCUGCUCCAAGCUCAGCCCUUAGUGAGAAAAGCCUGGCACAGCCUGCAGCUGCAGCUCACCCCGGGCAGAUCCAGAGGCACAUACCCCUCUGUGGUGCAAGCAGCAGCAGGAACCCCUCCCUCCCCACAAUGAACCACGCCUGCACCCUGCCCUGGCUAGGCAGUGCCUGCCUCUUCAACCCCUCCCCCUGCAGCGAGGGAUGGGGAUCUGCCCACCAUGCCCCUUCCCCUACACCAGACUUACCAGCUGGAGGCAGCUCUCCAUGCUGCUGGGCUCUGCUCCUCAGUGGCUGCACACAUGCAUGGCAUUUAUUGGCCAAAUUAUCUCCCCCAUCAGACCAAUUUCUGAUACAGCCAAUUUUCUUUAUAUCAGUACUGAUCUGAUAUCAGACCAAUCUACAGUGCACCUGUAAUGGAAAGGUAUGUUUCCAUACUGUACAAAUGGCGUAGUCAUUCUCUCUGACGUACAUGGACUUUAAAGAAGAGGAUAAGGCCACUUCAUUGAGAUCCUUUAUAGUCAUUGUCACAUUGUCCUGUCAAUGUAACAAAAUCACUGCUGCCUUCCAACAACUUAACACAACCAAGCAUAGAAAAAAUAAGGAAUAUAAACUACUCUGGGAUUAACACCUCAGAUUUCACCUCUUCUGCCCUGACCGGUUUAAGAGAAUCCCUGGGAUUCUGGAUUCAGCCUCUAAACAACCUACACACAUUUCUAACUACUCUCCUAAUAGUCCAACAGAGUGAACAAGUGUUCUAUGCUAAAUAAUCCCUUAAGCUCCAGAUAAGGGCUCACUACUGACAUGUCAGAACUGCAACAACACAGGCACUACUGUAAUGCACAAGCAAAUAAAUGAUCCGUAGAGAUAAUAGAUUGCAGUGAUUCUUACCGAAGUCUUGGAAGUUUUAUUGCACAUAUAAAAUUACAUUUAUUAAACUUUUCCUUUUGAAAUAACAUUAUUAAAGACAAGCAGAUACUAUAUGUUUCUAGCAUGCAAAUUGUAAAAAUAUUCAUUUAAAUCCAAAAUAUAUACAUUAUUAUGUACUUACA